AUGGGGAACAGUUUGCACACUUGGACACAGACAUUGGCUCCUGAGCCACAGAGGCCUCACACUAAACCGCUUGAUGAUGUAAUACGUACCAAUCACUAUGACCUGGACGAGGACGAGGAGUACUACAGGAAGCAGUUGUCCUACUUUGAUCGUCGGAGCUUUGACAGCAAAGCCAUGGGCCUCCCCAAUCCUGGCAUCAAUCGCUUCCACGAUCUGGCCAAACCAGCUCAACUGUUGUACCCGUACAACAGGGUGGAGUCUGUCGAGAAAGUGAGUGCGGGGGAUAAACGAUAUGAUCCCCUUACUCAGAUUAGCCCCUCUUCUCAGUACGGACCCCCGGGCUCUGUCAUCCCACCCAAUACACUGCCCAAACUCAGCCCGUCUGAUGUGAACUCCAUACCCGAGCCACUGAGCCCGCCCAAUCCGAAACCAGACCUGGCAGCUCUCAGACCCGUUAGCAGGGAUGACCCCACGCCCAUUGGCUAUCUGCCCCCAAGGGCCCUUCCCGACAAGUCCCCGGUCAACGGCACGGAUACGGCUCCCCCGAAGACCAUCGGUGCUCCCGUUCCCACCGGUUACAAUCGCUACGUCCCCAAGCCGUACACCAGCUCGGCACGACCGUUCGAGCGCAAGUUCGAGAGCCCCAAGUUCAACCACAACCUGCUGCCCAACGACACACAGGUGAAGACGGAGCUCCUCGGCAAGCCCGGCGUGGUGAGCAACAGCGGGGGAAAGCCGCAGCUUUCGCCUCAGCCUCUGGACCAUGACAGCGGUCUGGACACCUUCACUCGCACCAUGGACAACAGGCCCAAAUACCAGCACAAUAACAUCAACGCCAUCCCCAAAGCCAUUCCUGUCAGCCCCGGCGCGCUGGACGAUGACGACGAGGACGAAGGGCACACGGUGGUGGCCACCGCCCGAGGCAUCUUCAACUGCAACGGAGGGGUCCUGAGCUCCAUCGAGACGGGCGUCAGCAUCAUCAUCCCCCAGGGUGCCAUCCCGGAGAACGUGGAGCAGGAGAUUUACUUCAAGGUGUGCCGCGACAACAGCAUCCUGCCCCCGCUCGACAAGGAGAAAGGGGAAACGCUGCUAAGCCCGCUGGUGAUGUGCGGCCCUCACGGACUCAAGUUCCUCAAGCCGGUGGAGCUGCGCUUACCUCACUGUGCGUCUAUGACCCCUGAUGGUGACCCGAAAAGCUGGCAGAACAAAUCUCUCCCCGGAGACCCAAACUACCUAGUGGGUGCAAACUGUGUUUCUGUGCUCAUCGACCACUUCUGAAGAGGGCGACAGCUGGUCUGUUCCUGAAUGUGAAAGAAAAGGCGGGUGGGUGGGGGCGUCUGUUGCCUCCACCGAGGCCAAAGGGUGGAGGAGCACACAGUUCACCUCAAGGGGUGAAUCCAACAACACUUUCACGUUGUUUACCGCCCCGCACUAAACAAAAACAAAAAAAAUCAACACCACAACCUGAGGACAGUCAGCAGAGUCCAGCUGUUCUUUUUUUUGGGGGGGGGGGGUAACUUUCCCGGUGCUUUUAAGGCUUGCAAAAAAAGAAAAACAAAAAAUAACCUGAACUUUUGGACAGUGAGACUGAAAUGGGAGUGCAUGAUGGUGCCACAGACUUGAGUAUUCUCAUCUUGACAUUUUUAGCGACGUUUUGUAAAAUGUCAGGGGCCUCACUUAUCAACGCUGCGUAUGGGCAAAAUGCACAAAACGUACGCAACCUUCUGCGCAAAAUUUGUGUCCUAUCAAAAAAAAAAAAAACUUGACAGAUG